AUGUCCAGCAGCAACAGCAACACGGCAGGCGACAAGGCCACCGGCGCAGCCAACCUCCUUACCUCGACGGUAGGCAACACAGUCGGCGCUGUGGGCCGUACAGCAGGUGGCUUGACAGGGACAGCCGCCCGCGGCGUAGGUAACACGUUCAACUCCGCCACGGGAGGCCAUGCGAAGCCCGUGGGCGACGGUGUGGGGAGCAUCGGUAACGGUGUCGAGUCUGGCUUCAGCGGAGUGUCCAAGGGUGUUGAAGAUGCAGGGAACUGGAAGAGGCAGUGA